UUGCCCUUCUAAGAAAGACUACUCCGAGUCCUCAGAUUAGGAACCCCAAAUUUUUUGCUCACAAAAAUAAAUAACCCCAAACUUAUUCAAUUCGAUCGAAACCCGGGAAGAAGAAGAAUGGAUUCUGAUGAUGAAGUUGAAAGAAUUCCAUAUAGUGAAAGUAAAGAAUGGGCAGAUGUAAAACCAGUCCCUCAAGAUGAUGGUUCAAAUCCAGUUGUUCCAAUUGCUUACAAAGAUGAUUUCAGAGAAGCCAUGGAUUACUUUCGAGCUGUUUAUCUUUCUGAUGAAAGAACUCCUCGUUCCUUACAGCUUACUGCUGAAGUUAUUCAACUCAAUGCUGGAAAUUAUACGGUGUGGCAUUUUAGACGUCUUAUACUUGAGUCGCUGGGAGCUGAUUUACGAGAAGAAUUGAAAUUCAUUGAGCGUAUUGCGAAAAGCAACUCCAAAAACUACCAAAUUUGGCACCAUAGGCGAUGGGUUGCUGAGAAAUUGGGAACUGAAGCUACUACUAUUGAGCUAGAGUUCACCAAGAAGAUACUCUUUCCAGAUGCGAAAAAUUAUCAUGCCUGGUCCCACCGUCAGUGGGUGCUUCAGGCCUUAGGCGGUUGGGAAGGUGAACUUGAUUACUGUCACCAGCUUCUAGAAGACGACAUUUUUAAUAAUUCGGCUUGGAAUCAGAGAUAUUUUGUAGUAACAAGAUCUCCUGUCCUAGGAGGCCUAGAAGCAAUGAGAGCGUCAGAAGUGAAAUACGCAGUUGAAGCCAUUCUAACCAACCCUGAGAAUGAGAGCCCAUGGAGAUACCUUCGAGGUUUGUACAAAGGUGAUAACCAGUCAUUAAUAUGCGAUCCUCAAGUGUCCGUGGUGUGUCUGAAAGUUCUAAACUCCACCACCAACAGAGUAUUCGCUUUAGGCUUGCUUUUAGAUUUACUUUGUUACGGUUUCCACCCAAGUGAAGACUUCAAAAACGCAGUUGAAGGUUCAGCAGUAUUUGAACCAGAUCAUCCGAAAUCAGAUUUAGCAACUACGGUUUGUUCUGUCUUGGAGCGUGAGGAUCCAAUGAGGUCAAACUAUUGGAUGUGGCGUAAGAGCAAUCUACCACCGCAAGUAUUGUAAUUUCAUGUUCCUUAGACAGCUAAACAGUUUGAUUCAGGGUUCCCACCUGGUGUUGCUUGACAAAUCCUUUAUUUGUUUCAAGGAGUAAUAUUUUUAUUUAUUUUUUAUGAGUGACAGUGGGUUAAAACUUGUGUGCAAUGAUGGAUAUUUUGGUUUGUUUACGCAAUUUGCCGCCUUGUGAUGAACGUAACUUGGAUAUGAGUUGUUUAUAAUAGUAACUUAGCUUACACUA